AUGAAACGUCAAUCUACUAUAAGCUCCUUUUUCACCAAACAAGUGGCCGACAAGAAGCCGAAGCUACAGCACGACACUGGCAAUGCGAUAACGAGUACGCCCAUGGAAGUUGAUCCUCCUCAAGUAGCAGUAGCAGAAUCCGUAGCAGCACCGAAAAAGCCGAUGUACAAGCUCGCACUAGCAAAACCUCCAAUCUCUGACCAAGAAAAGCAGGCUCUGCAUCAACGAUUUGCACAAAAAUUUGGAUCAAUGGACAAGGAGAGAUCAUUGAAACGUCAACGCGUGGAGCAGUUGAUGACAGAUAUUGAUAAGCAAAAGGUCGAAAUCAUACCACACCAGAAAUUUACACCGUUGGAAACACAAGUUGUAGAACUCAAGGCCAAAUACCCUGGAUGUCUUUUGCUGAUUGAAGUAGGAUACAAAUUUCGAUUUUUUGGAGAAGACGCAAAAAUUGCAUCCCGCAUUUUACACAUUGCAAAUUUCAUUGAUCGUAACUUUUAUGUUGCCAGUAUACCAGUGCAUAGACUGAAUCAUCAUGUUCAAAAGCUUGUGAAAGCGGGGUAUCGGGUGGGUAUUGUUCGUCAAACCGAGACGGCGGCAUUAAAAGCAGUAGGGUCAAAUCGAGGACAGCCAUUCCAGAGAGAGCUUCAGCAGAUGAUUACUAAAGGCACAAUGGUGGACGAUCUAGAAAGCCCUCAAAGCGGCAGCUAUCUCAUGUGUCUGGUAGAGGAAAAACGAGGAGGGCAUGGGCCAGAUGAGAGAGUAUAUACAGGCAUGGUUGCGAUACUGCCCUCCACAGGUGAUAUAAUCUAUGACACAUUUGAGGAUACAUACAUGCGCUCAGAGUUGGAAACUCGAUUACUACACAUUGAACCAAGCGAACUCCUGGUUCCUGGCAUGUUGAGUAAACCCACCGAGAAACUAGUCAAGCAUUUAUCGUUACAGAAGUCAACUUCAUUUGGAGAAGAGUCGGUUCGCAUUGAACGCAUGCCAUCAGACGAUACACUCUGUGGAGACUACAAUGCAGCAUUGACCUUUGUUUCUGACUUUUACGCUUCCACGCCCUCUUUGGCUCAAGUUGUUGAGCUACCAGAUAUAGUGAUCAAGACACUUGCAUGCAUCAUUCGCUAUCUGGAUGAAUUCAAUCUGACCAACACACUCAAAAAUACCAAGUUUUUCAAGCACUUUGUUUCAGCAAGCCACAUGCUGCUCAACGGCAAUACACUUGUGAAUCUAGAGAUAUAUCGCAAUAAUACUGAUUUCACAGAGAAAGGAUCUUUAUUCUCUAUUCUGAACCAUACAAGCACAAAAUUUGGUCAACGAUUACUGAGAAAAUGGGUAGGAAGGCCACUCGUCAACAUGGAUAGAUUGAAUGAACGGAUCAAUGCCAUUGAAGAGUUAAUUGCCACUGAUAAUCCAAAGAAGAAUAUGGCUUUAUCACUGUUCAGCAAACUGCCUGAUAUUGAAAAAGGAUUGUGUCGCAUUCAUUACGGAAAGUCUGCCCCAAAGGAACUUAUUCAAGUGCUGGAUGCGUUGAUUAGAGUCUCUACAGCAUUUCUAAAAGCGCAUGAACCGAGAUUUAGCUCUGAUUUGCUGAACCGACUAUUUGACACACUACCUACUAUCCAUGACAUUGCUGUUGAGUUUCGAGAGGCUAUCAACCCCAAUUUCAGUGGCGAUAACAAGGUCGACCUUUUCAAAUCAGAAGAACGCUGGCCAGAGAUUCCAAAACAAAAGAAAAACAUCAAAUACGUGGAAAGUUUACUAGCAGAUCAAUUGGAGGAACUAAAGGCCACCACCCACAUGAACGAGCUCACAUAUGUCACAGUGGCAGGCAUUGAAUAUCUGAUAGAGGUCCUAAAUACCAGAACCAAGAAGGUACCCAACAACUGGAUCAAGAUUAGCGGCACAAAAGCUGUUAGUAGAUAUCACAACAAGUAUAUUAUAGAUCAACUCAAGGAGCGGGAGCAAUACAGAGAACUAUUAGCACUAUCUGUAGAGACGGCUUACAAGAACUUCUUAUCAGAGAUUUCAGAAAAAUACGAGCAGUUUCGAGACGUUGUUUCCUCCUUGGCCCACUUGGAUUGUUUAUUGUCACUUACCAUCACAGCUAGUCAAUUGGACUAUGUCAAGCCAGUGUUCAAUACAGACGAGCAAGAAACCAAGAUCAAGGUCGUGGAUGGCCGUCAUCCAAUUGUCGAACGUUUAUCCAACACAUACGUGCCGAACGAUAUUGACUUUAGCGGAUUACAGAAAGCCAUGAUCUUGACAGGCCCUAAUAUGGGAGGCAAAAGCUCGUAUAUUCGUCAAAUUGCAUUGAUCUCCAUCAUGGGACAAAUUGGAUCCUAUGUGCCAGCAAGGUCUGCCACAUUGAGCAUCUUGGAUGCAGUGUAUACUCGGAUGGGGGCGUCAGAUAACAUGAUGCGAGGUGAAAGUACAUUCAUGGUGGAGCUACACGAAACAUCUGAUAUUAUGAAAUACGCAACCUCUAAAUCUUUGGUCAUUCUGGAUGAAUUGGGACGAGGCACAAGCACACACGAUGGACAAGCUAUUGCCUAUGCCGUGCUGAAGCAUUUUGUACAGCAGGUCAAGUCAAUCACCUUGUUUGUUACACACUAUCCGUCUCUGGGAAAACUCGUCAAGACAUUUCCAGGUGAGGUCAGAAACUGUUUCAUGAGCUACAUUCAAGAAGGAGGUGAUUCAGACUUUGCCAACAUUGUGUUUCUAUAUAAAUUGGUGGAUGGCAUUGCCAUGAACAGUUAUGGUAUGAACGUAGCUCGAUUAGCCAAUAUUCCUUUGUCUGUGAUUAAGGUAGCAAAACAAAAGUCUGAGGAAAUGCAAAAAGAGAUGGAAGAGCGCCAAUUUGAAAACAGAAGAAUACAGAUACUGAGGAGAAUUAUGCGAUCUUCGUAUGACACAAGACAAAUUCAACAUGAGUUAUCCAUGUUGUAA